AUGGGAGCAACUCAGAUAAUGAUGCUGAAACUUUUACUUUUAUUGACCGUUACAGAGAUUUGUGCAGCUGAAAAUGACAUGACAUUGUCAGUGUUUGCGGUCACGUCUAAGACCAUGACAGUGCAGUGGAGCGGGCCGCCUGGUGCCAGCUCCUACAAGAUCACGGCGACCCCCAAGAACUCCUCGAAAUACCCUGUCUUCGCUCAGUUCAGUGGUUACUUUGUGAUGGGCUCUAUCAACUCCCUGUCCCCAAACACGCUGUACACUGUGCAGAUAGAGGCCAUGGACAAUGCUCUCAAUGUCCUCAGCAGCGCAUCGACUGAGGAGACAACAGCUCCCGAGGUGCCCACCAUCACACAGGCCUACUCCAAACACAGCGACAGCAUCACCGUCGAGUUCACAGAGGUCCCCGGGGCAACCAACUACAUCUUGAGGGCAGAGUCAGGUGACUUCUUCUUCGAGACCAAGGUGAACAGCACCCCCGGCACCAUGAUGUCUCUCCAGCCCCUCACCAACUACAUGAUAAGCGUCAUGUCCGUCAACUCGGGUGGGAGGAGCCAGCCCUCGAAUGACUUCGAGGCCAAGACAGUGGGGAUCGCACCACAGUUGAACACCACCUCCCCGACCAACGACACCAUCCUUGUGUAUUGGCCCGCGGUUCAGCAAGCCGUCCUCUACACACUCUGCAUUAUCCGAGAGGGUUCCAGCACCCGCACUAAAGUCAACACCACCGACACCAUGGUGACCUUCGAUGGUCUUGAAGCAGGGACUAUGUACUGUAUCAAGGGCACAGCCUGGGACGCUGAUGGUCGCACUGGAGACGACCUCACUGUCUGCCAGAUCACACGUCCACCAAGCCCAGAUGUGGCCUUUGUCCAGUUGACUCAAGGUCGGUCCCUUGGGCUCGCUGUGUACUGGGUGCCAGUGCAGGGAGCAGAGACCUACGUAGCCCUUACCUCUGAUGGAGAAAACUGUACCUCAACAGCUAACAGCUACUGUUUCAUUGUAAAUGUGGAGUGUGGCCAGAACCACUCUCUUACUGUCACAGCCAGCAACGAAGCCGGUUCCAGCAGCCCCUCAAACCCAGCUGAAUAUCUGACAUACCCAUGUCCUCCAGAGAACAUCUGGGUGGAGGAGCCUGAGGCAGGCAACUGCUCGCUGGUGUGGGAUGAGGUGCAGCUGGUGGAGUACUACAUAGCUUUCAUAAAGAGGGAUGAUGGGACAGAGAAUUCGUGCAACACCACUGCAACCACCUGCCAGUUUUUCUGCAUGUGUGGCCACACCUACCUGACCACCGUCUUCCCCUACAACCAGGCUGGCUCCAGCCCUGCCUCACAGGUCCACAACUACACCACCAUUCCUUGUUGUCCACAGAAUGUCACCGUACAGCUGGUUUCCACGGAAACCCUGGAGGUCAUGUGGUCCCCGGUCAAUGGGGCCGAGCUCUACGAGACAACAGCACAACAGACCAACGACGUUGUGCACUGUAACGACACAGCGCCAGUGUGCGCCCUGUCUGACCUGAGGUGCAACACAGCUUACUCUGUGACAGUCAUGCCUUGCAGCGAGUCUCGAGGAUGCAACCGCACCUGCACAGCACACACACACGAGACAGCUCCGUGCUCUCCAGAGAUCCUGAAUAUGACACAGACAAACAACGCCACGUACAGAGUCCACAUCACCACCCCCAACACACCCAACACAAAUUCCCAAAUCACUGCCACUGGACGCUAUGACACACACACUUGCCAAACAAGAAACAGCUCAUGUGAGCUCACACAGCUGCCCUGCGGCUCGAUCUAUGACGUCACAGCAGUGGCCACCACAGCUGUAGGACGAAGUUUACCCGGAUACAGUAAAUCUUUGGAGACAGGUCCGUGCUGUCCAGCGUUUGUGAAUGUGACCCAGGUCACACAGGCGAUGACCAACGUGACAUGGUCGCCUGGCCAUGGAGCUCGCUCCUAUAUCACCUCACUGACAUCCUCGAAAGGACACGCUAAAUGCCACACCAUGGACACCCACUGCCUGAUGGGAUGCAUCACCUGUAGCACCAACUACAGCGUCCACCUGGAAGCCAUCAGCAGCACAGGACACAAGUCAGAGUGCCAGUAUCGUGGAUUCUCAUCUAGUCCCUGCUGUCCAUCGGGCAUCAAGCUAUAUCGCACGGCCAACAACUCUCUCAGAGUGCACUGGCGCUCUUCUGGCUCUCAGAUCCACAACCACAGUGUAGAGUUGUACGGGACAGGAGCUAACUACACCUGCGUCGCAGCGGCUGGUCGAACACAUUGUGACAUCCAGGAGGAUUCGUGUGGGGAUGUCUAUACAGUAGUGGUGGCACCAGUGACCCAGAACAGGAUCAAAGUCCAAUUCUGUCAGCCCAGGAAAUACUCGGUUCCCUGCCCAGGAAGUAAUGCUGGAAUCUCUCGUGGAAGACGGAGCCUGGAUUAA